GGCGCUGAGCUGAGGGAGGGGCCGGGACGCCGGCGCGUCGGUGCCGACGGUCUCCAGGAGGGAGUGAGGAGGAGGAGGAAGAGGAGGAGGAGGAGGUGAGCUCCUCUUUGCUGAUGUGCAGCUGGUGGGAAGAGAGAAGCUGGUGGCCUUCCUCUUUUCUGUCUGUACCUUUGAAAGGACUUCACUGAAUGUGGUGCACGGCAGGUGGAGCAGGAAUGAUCUGUGGGAGUUCUACAGCAAACACUUCAGAAAAAGCAAAGGUUCACUGCUCUAAGUUCACAAAUCUGUCCUGCAGGAGAAACACAUUCAUUAUGCAAGUUUGAAGUUCUCAGUUUCAUUUUUAAGAUGUUAUUAAGCCAGAGACGUAUUUGGGAUAAAUAUUUGCGUGGUGUAGUGUUGGGCAGUGUUUGGAUGGAGCUUCUUCACAGAAUCACAAAAUUGUUUUGGUUGGAAGAGACCUUAAAGAUCAUCCAAUUCCAACCCACAGAUUGAAGACUACUACUACAGUUAGAAAAAUUGCACUUGGAAAUCUGUCCAUUGGACUGAAGCAGGUAGGAUGGAGUGGAAGAAGUACUGCUCACCACUGAGAUCUAUAGCCAAGAUUCCCAAACUGCUCUGGUGAAGACCUCUGAAGCAGCACCACCUGGUAUUUUACUGCUCCCAGUUUUGAAUGCAGAUUUCAGACAGUCCUGAAGUACUUGGAAAAUGAGCGUCCUUCUCAUUGAACCUUUUUAUGGUGGCUCUCACAAACAGCUGAUGGAUCUUCUCCAGGAAGAGCUACAAGAAGAUUGUGUCCUCUGCACACUCCCAGCCAAGAAGUGGCAUUGGAAGGCACGGACUUCUGCUCUUUAUUUCAUGCAAACAGUCCCAGCAAGUUCUAAUUACAGGAUCCUCUUUGCAAGCUCGGUGCUUAACCUGGCUGAACUCGCCGCCCUCCGCCCUGACCUUGGCAAAUUGAAAAAGGUCCUCUACUUCCAUGAGAACCAAUUGGCAUAUCCUGUCCAGAAAUGCCAGGAAAGGGAUUUUCAGUAUGGAUACAACCAGGUUCUUUCAUGUUUGGUUGCUGAUGUUGUGGUGUUCAACUCUGCUUUUAAUAUGGAAUCCUUUCUUAAAUCCAUUGGAAAAUUUAUGAAGCUGAUUCCUGACCACAGACCUAAAGAUUUGGAAAAAAUAAUCAGACCGAAGUGCCAAGUUCUUUAUUUUCCAGUCAAGUUUCCUGAUGUGAGCAGGUUCAUGCCAGAGCAUAAACUUGCCCGUUUGGAAAAGGUAAUUGGUGUUAAAAGGAGUGGAGAUGCUUAUCAUUCGGAGGGGCUGCCUGGGCAGCAGGAGAGCAGAGCUGUAAUGAAAGCCAGUGAUGCACAUCCUGAGUCUGGACUUUGUGAGCCCCAGCCUGGACUCUGCACCACACAGCACGAGGGGCUGCCCUCCCCACCAGCAGCCCCAGUCCAGGCUGAAGCACCAGAAAGUACAAAUCCUUGUCAAGGGGAAGAUAAGCAAUGUCUGACUUUUAACCUCUCUAAUAUCUUGAGUGGACUGGACUAUCAGCAGAGACCUCUGCACAUUGCCUGGCCUCACAGGUGGGAGCAUGACAAAGAUCCUGAAACUUUCUUUAAAGUCCUGAUGAAGCUGAAAGAGCAAGAUCUGCCUUUCCAUGUGUCCGUCCUUGGAGAGACUUUCAGUGAAAUUCCAGAUAUCUUUUCAGAGGCCAGGGAAGCGUUGGGAUCGUCCGUCCUGCACUGGGGGUACUUGCCCAGCAAGGAUGAUUAUUUCCGAGCUCUGUGCGCGGCCGAUGUUGUCAUCUCCACAGCCAAACACGAAUUCUUUGGCGUGGCAAUGAUCGAGGCUGUGCAUUGUGGCUGUUUCCCGCUGUGUCCCAAAGCCUUGGUGUACCCAGAGAUCUUCCCAGCUGAAUAUCUGUAUUCUACACCUGAACAGCUUUUUAAAAGGCUUCAGAAUUUCUGCAAGAGACCAGAUAUUGUAAGGAAACAUCUCUAUAAGGGCGAGACGGCCGGGUUUUCUUGGGCAGCGCUCGGCAGUAAAUUCAGGUCUCUGCUCGCAGCAGAACCGAGGGAAGAUUUGUGACAGAUGGGGCUAAGUCACAAACUUGCAGCCUCAGGCAGAAUUGUGGAAGUUUCCAGAGUGUGCCCAUAUUUACCUGAUCAGAGAGAAAAGAAAAUCUGCAGAGGAAGCCGAGCCUGGCUGCUUGUCAUAGCUGACACAGAGCCAUCUGCCACAAACCUGUGGCGGCUUCAGAUCUCCAAUCCCUGCCACCACCCCAGCUCAAAUUAAAUACAGAUUCUUAGAGACGUUAUGAUGGUUACACAUGUCCUCGGCAUCACAUGCAGGAGACUGUUCAAAAAAAAUAUGUGGCCUGUUGUGUAACCGCACUCAUGUAUCCCAUAUGUGGUGCCACAUUGAAUUUCCGGUUGAAUCUGUUUUUAUCCUUUGUACUGGAUGACAUGGUGCCUGAAUUCUUUCUUUUCGCCGACACGAUGGCAGCCAAGCUGCAGCUUCAAACGCUCACACUUGGCUGAGUUUCUACCUAGGUUGCCAGGUUAUCAUUGGAGCCUUAUUGUGUCCUCAAAGGGCCACAGGGCCUGAAAGGAGGAUCCGAAUGCUGCCGGACUAAUUGGGCAGCCAUCUCCGGGUUGUUGGGAGGCAAAGGGCUGCUUGAGCACUUCCCUCUCUCUCUCUCUCUUUCUUUUUCCUUUUUUUUUUUUUUUUUUUUUUUUUUCCUUUUUUUUCUUUUUUUUAUGGCAAGUUAAUGACUCUCUGGCAAAGGGGUUUUUUAAGUGAAGGUAUUAAUAAGGGGUCUGGCAGGUAAUCCCAUGAUUCACGGAGUUACAUUUGCAUUUAAUUAAUCUUAAAGAAAGCUGAAGGAUAAACAGCUGUAAUUCAAACUAGCAUGGGAAAUAUGCUACAUGGUGCCAUCUAUCCGAUAAAAUGAAAGCCGAGACACUUGUUUUAUUUCUCUCAAGGAUGGAGAACAAACAGAUAACAAUCAAAAUACUUCCAAUAAAAACCAGUAGUUUAAAUGUAAUGGCAGUUCAUCAAGAAUCUUUGCAUCCAGUUGCAAAUACAAUCUUUUAAAGAUAAAUCACUUAUGAUUCCAGCAGUCAAGCCGCCGCAAUAUUUGUUGAUGUAAAAUGUUUUGAAGAUGUAGAUUGUACAAUAAAUUUUUAAUAAAGUGCCCACUGCAAUUUUUAA